CUGCACUCAAAUUGACUUUGUCAAGUUUCAACCGUAAAUCCAGCUCCAUAGCUAUACCGACCAUGGCAGCAGCUGCCGCCGCCGCCAUUCGUCCUAUGCGACUUGCUGCGCUGACGCGAUCGCGCUGCUCCAUAUUCCAAACUGCGUAUAACCCCACAUCAGCACGUACUGGAGCCAAAUACCUUCGCGCACGACUUCGCGGGCCUUCUAUGGUCAAAUACUACACUCCAGAAGCCAAUAUUGCGCAAAUAAUGAGGCAAUGGCCUGAGUUGGAAAUGAGAAAUUUUGCAGAGGAAGAAAGACUGCAGGAUGUGGAGGACAAAAAGAAGAGAGGGAAGGGUGCACCGAAGAAAGCCAAGGAGAAAGGCGACAGUCGCAGAGCCAGCAGGAGGCGAUAAUGAUGGCUUGUUGUGUUCUUCUCUAUUCGCCGGAGGCACUUAUUAUACCAUGCUCAAAAUUAAUUCAUUGCUGCAUUGCACAUAUCCGC